UGAAAAGUCGUUAUGCUGUACUACAUGAGGGGUAAAACUUGCAUCUUCCUGUCUGCGACACGAAAUGGAGAUUGUCGUUGAAGUUUUCUUUUCUUUUAUGUACAGUGUCACUGGGGGAUAUUAACUUUUUUCGCGAAAUUUUGUAUUUUAUAUUUUAACAAUUUGUGAGCAAAUACAGAAGUUGCAGUUCUUAAAAAUGGGGACCAGAUCAAAGGACAGAAUUAAAGCAAUGAUUAGUAAAGAUAUUUCAGAUAUUCAUAAUCGUUGCAUGGAAGUUAAAAAAUCUAUUAAUGACAAUCUUGACGAAACCUUGGAUUAUUUACGUGCUUUAAUUGCUCAAAUACCACAAUCAACAUCUGGUCCUCUGAUUGCAAAAACUCCGAAGGUGUUAAGGAAAAGGGGAAUGCAACGUAUUGAAACCAUACCAGAAAAUGAAAUUAUUGAUAUUACUAAUGUAACAUCAGAUUUUACUACAACAGACAUAAAAGGAGAAAAUAAAGAUUCACAUGUAGAACAUGCAGAAGAAUUAAUGCAUGGUCGAACAAAGCGAGUAGCUUCAAAAAAAGCAGCAGAUAAUAUUAAGAAGCAGCAAUCAAUGUCUCUUAGUUCAAAACUACGAAGACCAUCUUCAAUUUUUGAUAAUAAUGAUGUAAAAAAGAAAAAGCGUGAAAGCCGAGCCAAGAGAAAGAAAUCUACUGUAAGCAGUUCGGAUGAAGAAAGUACGAAAGCUCCUGCAAAAAUUACUAAAGUAGAAGAAACAAUUCUAGUAGAAAGUGUUCCAGAAAAAGUAGUAAAUACAAAUGUAGAAAAGAAUCCUUCUACAGAAGAAAACACAAUCCAAACAGAAAAUAGAGUUAAACAGGAAAAUAUUGAAUCAUCCAAAAGAUCUUCAAUGACAACACGAAGUAGUAGUAGAAAGAGAACUUUCUCUCAGACUCAGAACCAGAAGAGUAAAAAAUCUGAUAUUGCUGAUGACACAGUUAUUGCACCUACAACAAAUGAAAUUGAAGAACCAUCAAUGUAUGAGGAUGCAAUUGAAAAACCUAUGCCUAUAAUGAAUUCCACUAUGAAUUUCAAUUCUACUUAUACUCUGCAAAAAAUGAUAAAUGCAACAGUAGUUUUGGAACCUUUAUCUGCAAUAAAGUUAAAUGAAACUGUUACAGUUAAUAAAAAGAUAUCCAAUAGUACAGGGGAGAAAACAGUUCAAUCAAAUGGUAAAUCGAAAUCACCUAGGCUUCCCUCAAAAACCCUGCUGGUCAGGUUGGACCAAAUAAAAGAUGCUUUAGUAAAUAAGGAGUUCGACGAGUUACUCACAGAAGACGAAUCAUCUCCUGAAAUAAAGAAACCUAGACAAAAUACAAAAUACCAAAAGAAAAUAUUGAAAUCCAAUGUGUCAAGUGAAGAUGAGAUUCUAAAUACUCCAAUGAAACCAACUUUAAAGGAACUGAAUGCGGGCCCAGCAUUCCAGGAAAUAAAGAAUACGUAUAAAUCAAAUGCUCUAUUCAGUCCAUAUGCUAAGGAAUCUGUGAAGAAAAGAGUUGAAGCAUUCGAGCAAGUAGGUAUGAAUAGUCCAAAACCCACUGCUGACGUCGAUGUUCCAACUAGAGUAACCAGAACAAAAACACGAGCGCAAGCAGCUCAGGCAGCGCAAGCAGAAAUUACGGAAGAUACAAAAACCACAGAGAAAACAAUUGCUCAUAAGUUAGCGCGAAAAUCACUUGCAAAAGCUAAAAAAAUUUCACUAGCAAAACAAGUUAAGGAUACUGAUGAAUACAAAGAGAACAAAGUUCAAGCAAAAUCAAAAACUCUUUUGGAGAAAGUGAAUUACAAACCACAAAAAACAACUCCAUUAACUAAAACAAAAAUUCAAUUACCGUCCUCUGUUAGUCGUAUUCCACAAACUCCAAAUAAUCAACCGAAUCAUGUAAAGGCUUUAAGCGCUACACGUACUAACAUUAUUACAUCAAUGGACUCAUUCCUCCAAUCUUCAAAACCAGUUAAUACCCGUAGUUCGACUGACAAGACAGAAGAUAAAAGGAGGAAACCAAAUGAUGAUGAUGCUAGAAAAAAACGUGAGGAAACAUUAAGACUUGUAACAGAAGAAAAGAGAAGGAAGAGGCAGGAGAAAGAACUGAAAAAUAAAUUGGCGAGGGAAGCAAAAGAAAAACAGGAUAUGGAGAAACGACAAAAAGCUGAAAGGGAAAGGGAAGAAAAAGCACGUUUAGCUCAACAAAUGAUGGAGAAACAGCGUGAAGAAAUGGAGAAGAAACGUCUAGCUCAAUUACAGCGAGCACAGGAGAAAGAAGAAAAAAGAAGACAAGAAGAACAAUUACGUUUACAACGUUUACAAGAACAGGAAGAAGCGGAACGUAUAUUAGCAGAGCAAAGACGUCGUGAACAAGAAGCUGAAAAACGAAAAGAAGCCGAAGCAAGAUCUCAACAACAGACUGCAGCUGAAGCAAUGAAAGUUAAAAAUCAAAUUGUAACACAGUCAAAGUAUGGACACAAAUAUCACGGCCCAACAAAUUAUAUUUUGGAUAGUGAACCUGACGAGGAUGAAUCAGAUGAUGAAUCUAAACCAAAGCAUGUAAUUCCGUAUUGGGCACAUCCACAAGUACGCAAAGCUCAACUCGCAAUGCAACGAUACAUUCCCGAUAAGGCAAUUUUUGCAUUUUUCGGCAGUAGAAAAUGUACACCGGAUUUGGCGGAAAUAUUCCAAGGUAUAGAUAAGAGUAGAUUAAAACGUACGUCUAGUGCAAUUUGGAGGACACCACCACGGUUUUCAAUGAUAGGAUCUGAGAGGGUAUAGUUUAUUGAAUUUAUUGUUGCCAAUUCCACGUGUUUACAAUAAGAGUGCCUGUAAUAUAAUAUAAACUGUUAUAUCAUAUUAGCAUUAAAAUGAAAUAUUCCGAUUGAUAUAUUAAGGAA